CUCAAAUGGGAAAGAAACCUUGUGAAUUCAUUCAAAAUGGAAAACACCUCAGUCAUAAUGAAGAUUUAAUCCCGUAUCAGAGAACUAAAAAUAUAGAGCAAUGCUUUAUUCAAAGCAAUAAGGAAUACAAGGAAUGUGGGAAAGCUUUCCAUGAGACGGCAGUUGUCAUCCCAUAUAACCAAGCUUACAUAGGACAGAGUCCUUGUGAACAUAAUGAAUCUGAUAAAACAUUCUGUAGUAAUUCAACCCUCAUGGUCAGUAGGAUGGCACAAAGAACAGAAAAUCUUUAUGAGUUUCAAGAAUAUGCUACAACUUCUGAGAAAUCAUCUCUCUUGGAACACAGAGUUCAUUUAGAGGUGAAAGGUUAUGAGUAUAUUGAAAGAGUGGAUAAUUUCAAUGGGAGAUCAGACUUUCUUGGCACAGGAGAGAGAAUAUUUGAAUAUAACAACUUGGGAGAAGCCUGUGGGGAGAAGUCAGUUCUUAAUAUAACUCAGAGAACACACAUAGGAGAUAAAGUCUAUGAAUGUAAUGAAUGUGGAAAAACAUUCUGCAAAGAGUCAAAACUCACCAAACAUCAGAAAACACAUACAAGAGAGAAACCCUAUGAAUGUAAGGAAUGUGGGAAAUGCUUCUCUCGCAAAUCUCUCCUCACUUUACAUCAGCGAGGCCACACAGGAGAGAAACCUUAUGAAUGUAAGGAGUGUGGGAAAUGCUUCUCUAGAAAUUCACACCUUAUAAUUCGUCAGAGAACUCACACAGGAGAGAAACCCUAUGAAUGUAAGGAAUGUAGAAGAAGCUUCUACCAUAAGUCAUAUCUCACAGUACACCAGAGAAUUCACACAGGGGAGAAGCCAUAUGAAUGUAAUCAAUGUGGAAAGACCUUUGUAAGUAACUCAGUCCUCACAGUACAUCAGAAACACACAGGUGAGAAACCCUAUGAGUGUAAUCAGUGUGGGAAAUUCUUCUCUAGAAACUCCUACCUCAGAGUACAUCUGAGAACUCACACAGGGGAGAAGCCCUAUGAAUGUAAAGAACGUGGGAAGUUCUCUAGGAAUUCAUACCUGACAGUACAUCAGAGAACUCACACAGGAGAGAAACCCUAUGUGUGUAAAAAACGUGGGAAGACCUUUUGCCAUAAGUCAGACAUUACAAUACAUAAAUGAACACACAGAGGAGAGAAAUCAUACCACUGUACUCAGUGUGGGAAAGCCUUCACUUGCAGCUCAGUCCUCAGAUCACAUCAGAGAACUCACACAGGUGAGAGGCCCUAUGGAUGUAAUCAGUGUGGGAAGUCAUUUUCUGAGAAAUCAGUUCUCACAGUACAUCAGAGAAUACACACAGGGGAGAAACCUUGUAAGUGUAGUGCAUGUGGGAAGUCCUUUUAUCAUAAGUCAGAUCUCACUAAGCAUCAGAGAACACAUACAAGAGAGAAACCCUAUGAAUGUAAUCAUUGUGGGAAAACCUUCAGUUGCAACUCAGGCCUCAAAGUACAUCAGAGAAGACACAUAAGAGAGAAACCCUGUGAAUGUAUUGAGAGUGAGAAAACCUCCAAGAAAUCAGUUAUCACAGUACUUGCAAGGUUACACACAGGGGAAGAAAAUUUAUAAAUACAGCAGUGAGAGAAAUCUUUCUCUUGUGAUUCAUACCUCAAAAUACCACAGAAAAUUCACAAAGGACGUGACCCCUAUGAAUGUAAAGAAUGGCAAAUUUUUACCCUAAGUCAUCUUCCAAAGUAAACAAGA